UGUGAGCGGUGAAAGUGGGCUGAGAGAGAGAGCGUGCAGUUCGGGGCUUCAGCAUUCUCAUACCCCGCUGUCGACCUUUGGAUCUCGGAGCCCGGGGCGGGUAGGCAGCUCCACCGUCCACGGUGGCAAUUGGCUGCGCUCUUCUCUUCUGUCUUCAGCCGCUUCCUAUUGCACACCGUGAACCAAACACAGCAGACAGUGCGCGCGCACUCACACUCACUCUUUUUCGCAAGCACGCACGCAAUGUCUCGUGAGUGCGCGCGACUCCGCUGGAGCCCAAAGUCCCCCCCGGUCCGAGGAGCAUCUCUUAUCGCAAUGUUUGAAGAUUAACGAGGUUAGCCGUGUCCUGUAAAGCACAAGCUACAGCCAGCUGAAGCCUUCAGGCCAGAAAGCCGACAGAGCAGGCGGACCGCAGCGUGUCAAGGCGGACUGGGAGGCAGGAAGUCACCGCUGUAGCUGCUGCAUCAGACUACGGCAUAGCGCGGCACCAUGACCGAGAAACGGAUGUCGCGGUGGUAUUUCGGUGGGCUGGCGUCCUGCGGAGCCGCCUGCUGCACGCAUCCUUUGGAUCUCAUCAAGGUGCACCUUCAGACACAGCAGGAGGUGAAGAAGAGGAUGAUGGGGAUGGCCAUUCAUGUGGUGAAGAGCGAUGGGGUGUUGGCUCUUUACAAUGGCCUCUCUGCCUCCCUUUGUAGACAAAUGUCCUAUUCCCUCACCAGAUUUGCAAUCUACGAGACCGUAAGGGACAUGAUGGGCAGCUCAAGCCAGGGCCCCAUGCCCUUUUACCAGAAGGUCCUGCUGGGAGCCUUUGGAGGUUUUACUGGUGGGUUUGUUGGCACGCCAGCUGACAUGGUGAAUGUCAGGAUGCAGAACGACAUGAAACUACCACCAGAGCUGAGGAGAAACUACAAACAUGCCAUUGAUGGACUCUUCAGAGUCUUCAGAGAAGAGGGCAUGAGGAGACUGUUCUCAGGAGCCACCAUGGCCUCCAGCAGAGGAGCCAUGGUCACUGUGGGACAGCUGGCGUGUUAUGACCAGGCUAAGCAGCUCGUGUUGGGAACAGGCAUAAUGGGAGAUAACAUACUCACACACUUUCUUUCCAGCUUCAUUGCCGGAGGGUGUGCUACAUUCUUGUGUCAACCUCUGGAUGUACUAAAGACGAGACUGAUGAGCUCAAAGGGAGAGUACACAGGGGUGACGCAUUGCCUACGAGAAACUGCCAAACUGGGUCCCAUGGCAUUUUACAAGGGUCUCGUCCCCGCAGGGAUCCGCUUGAUUCCUCAUACAGUGCUCACCUUCAUCUUCCUCGAGCAGCUCAAGAAAUACUUUGGAAUUUGCAUUAUCUCCUGAGCACACUCUGUGACCAGCUGCUCUUCACCCACCAACAGUGCUGCUCACAACACACCUUGAUCAUGCUACUCUCUGCAUUUCUAAGAAAAUAAGGGAAGAAAGGGAGUCGUGUACAGUUUAUUACAGGCUUGUGCAUGUUUUCCUUCUCCUUUUGCUCUACCUCUUUCUAACGGCUCGAAGCGAAAUUAUUCUGAUCAUUAUGAGUAGCAACUUCUUGAGGGGACAAAUACUGGAAUUAACAGAAGAGUUCCUCUGUCAAUGUAGAUGAUCAAUAUGAUCCUAAAUAUAAAGCUGCUGCAAUGGCAUUAUUAGAAUGACCUGCCAGAUUUAGAGAGGAGAUUAGGAUCAGCUUAAGCAGAUGUUUAAUGUGGUUAUCCAGUAUCCAGUAAUUUCAGGUACGUUAGUUACGUGACAGGAUGAGAGUUAUUGAGAUUAAAGGAAUGGUUUUGUUUUUUUGUAGAGGGGUUGUAUGAGGUUCUUAUCCGUAGUUAGUGUAUUACCUACAGUAGACGGCGGUCAGCAUGCCUCCAAAUGUCAGUUUGGAGAAGCAGACAGGAGUACCAGCACAGAAGCUAACUGGUGUGUACGGGGGCAAAAAAAAUGCAAAUCAGUUUGUGCAAUACUUAAAAUACUUUUCAUGCUUUACUUUAGCUUUACUUCAAUGUAUUACGACUCAGAUCAAAGUUGCAAAAUCGGACUGAAAUCAAACUACACGAUUCUAAAGAUUUAAAAGAUGGUGUUUGCUUGUGUUUUUCCAGGAUCUUCAAACAAAGAAGUGUUCUGUUCACCGUAUAGAUUUGACUGUUUUUCUGUGAUAUUGACCUUAAACAGCUGUGGACAUAAUUUCCCCAGAGCUGACACACUGCUGUGGAAAUGAGUCUGGCUAUGCAGGACUGUAGUUUCCAUCCCCCCCCUUUGACACAUUCAGUAUCCAUCCUCAAAAGAAAGCUCUACGGUUGAGAAAAUGUAGUGGCAAAGCUAAGGGUCUGUCUGACGGCCUGGCAAAGCUGUGAAAAUAUUCUAAAUGCAGCAUACCGUUAAACUGAUAUAAAGUAUUUGAGGUGGGCCUUUUUUUGCGCCCCCAUCGUCCACAGCAGUACUUUGCUGUGCUUCUGUGCUGGCACUCCAGUCUGCUUCUCCAAAGUGGGGGCGCACUGACGGCCAUCUACUGUAGAAAUACAGUCACUGUUGAUAAGUACCUCAUACAACCCCACUUCAAAAACUCCAAAGUAUCCCUUUAAGUGUUAAAAGGAGCAAUUCUGUCAUGUUGAUGACAGACUAAUGUUAACUUUGAAUAAUUCCAGAUCAGGUUUUGUGAUUUAUUUUUUAAUCUCAGCAGUUCUUAAAGCCCGGUUAACCCCAGUGGUAUAGACCGUCUUGAGUGUGUAACAAAAUACCUUUUUCAAAGCAGCCAUUUUGCCAACAUGCACAAUAGCAUAACCUAGAUUUAUUUUGAGCUGAAUGAAAUGGAACCUUAAUUAAUAUCACUGGAUAUUAUGGAUAUUAAGGACCCUACUAUUUCAUGUAAAAAUGGCUGCUGUGAAAAAGGUCUAUUGUGGCUCUAAAGUUUGUGCCAGGAAUGUGUUUCCUUAUUAGUCCUUUCCACCACUUGUGUUGUGUCAUUGUGUCAUUGUGUCAGGCCAGAACAUAGUCUGUAAUUAGGUUGAAGUACAGAAUCAAAACAAACACAGUGUAGCCUUCAUCAGUGCCAUUCUUACAAUCUAUAAUAUUUCCCAAAAGCCAUCGCUAAAACAUGACUGAACAAACUUUUAUGCAACUACAUAGUAAUCAUUCCCAACAGUGGUGACCAAAUGUGAUGCACCCUGAAUUGAUCAAGUUCAUUUAUUUGUUUGCCUUUCUAAAUGAAUGAUUUUAGAAUUGUCAAUCAACCAGGAGCAGGUUAAAAUGUCUGUAACUUUUACCUGAUUCUCCUUUACUUCUUUCUGAUCCUCUGUCAUCAUUUCAUUAUCAAAGCUUUUGGAGAAGAGGACCAAGCUCUUUUGUCUUUUUAUUUUUUUAUUUUUUUUAAGUAAGGGGAGGAAUUUGUGGACAAACUGUGAAGAAGAUAGUUGAUAGUUGAAAUCCUGAUGAGCGUACAGUUUGACAGUGGCUCUUUUUAGUUUUCCACCAGUGAAAUUCUGUAUGACCACUUGAUCUCUUAAUGUUCUUACUGUUUUGAAUAAAGAUGCCUGUAGAGAACUGCUGCACCAUACAAGUGUACAUGUAGCAUACCACCUGUCAUGUUACUGUCUUGUUUAGCUGAAUUUGUGUUAGACUUUAGGACUCAGGAUGCUACUCUGUUUUAUGAGGCACUUUACUGACAUACUGACUAACCUGCUGCGUAGAAAAACAUGCUGCCAUACUAAAACAUGUUCUAAAAGUGAAAUUGUAGAUGUUUUAACAUGUUUAGAAUUUACAAUGUUAAUGGUUCGAAUUGAGGGCAGUCUCUUUUGUUUUGUGACUCUUUUCAGGCCAAUGAUAUGUUUGAAAGUUCAGUAAAUACAUUAACUGUUCUGUGCCUGCUCUGUUGACAGAGACAUUGUCAUGUUGCCUUACAGGAUGUGUCCUUUAGGGGGCAGUGUAGUAACGUGUGAAUGAUAUCAAUGCCAACAACCUGAAUGAUCCUCUCUUGAGCAUCCUAUUAAGCCUUGAACCUUCAUCCAAGGGUACAUUUAUUAAAAAAAAAAAAAAAAGAGACACAAACACCAUAACUGCAUGGUCUUAUGAUCAAAUGUUCCUUAAAAAUUUAGAUCAGCCAUAGUAAGUAAUGUUAACCCCAAAACUUUAUUCAUAUGCACAGAAAUUAAACUGGAGGGUGUUGUGGAUUUGUAUUUUGUGGAUCACUAACUAAUGAUUGUGGAAUUAAAAGACUAAUGUGAAAUAUGA